AUGGAACAAGAAGAUAAAAACUUUGUAAGGAGAUGCCAAUACUGCCAGAAGUUUGGGAACUUGAUACAUGCACCGGCAGUUGAACUGCACAAUAUCAAGACCCCUUACCUAUUUCAUACUUGGGCAUUUGACCUGGUAAGUCCUAUAGCUCAGCAAUCCAAAGGCCACAGAUGGAUAUUUAUAGCGACUGAAGUUAGUACCAAGUGGGUAAAGACUAUACCAAUGAAGAAGGCAGAUGGGGCAGGAGUGGCCAACUUCAUCAAAGAAAACAUAAUCUGUAGGUUUGGCAUACCCAAGGUGAUGUUGUCUGACAAUGGGACCCCUUUUGUGAACCGCCAUGUGGGAAGAUUAUUGGACACUUAUCUGAUCAAGCACCACAAGUCGACCACGUACUACCUGUAA